ACCCGAUUGGCUUGAAACCCGGAAGUUCCGCUCAUUUUGGUUUGUAAACAAAUGGAUGUGAAUGCGUCAUGUUAUCGUCUCACACUCCCUCAUUUAGCCGCGAGGUUUGGCUUAAUUAAAUAAAAGAGAGUCGGUAUAUUCUUAUUUUUCUGGUUAGAAGUUAAUUCUGGCGCUAUGAGUAGCCUCUCAGACACCCAGGCUCGGUUCUGUCGCAGUUCGGGUUCAGCCUGCAGCCCUCCUCCGCCGUCUUCUUGCAGUUCAUCGCAGCCUUUUAACGUGUUGGACUCGGCUGCAGAGCUCAUGAUGGUCCACGGAGACUUCCAGGCGGCUUUUGACGCCUGUAACGCGGGUCUGGAGAAGCUGGGUCGCCUGGAGCCAGAAGAUAACAACAGGUGUGCAGAUUUAAAGGCUGGGUUCUGCAUGCUGGGGGUCCAGGCGCUGGCUGAGCUCAAUCAAUGGCAGGGGGUCUUCUCCUGGGUCCUACAGCACUAUGAGCACCAAGAAGAUGUUCCUGCUAAGAUCAUGCAGCUGUGCAUCCUUCUGUACUCCAAGGUGGGGGAGCCUGCCGUGAUGCAAGAGGCAGCCCGGGUUUGGUUACGCUGCCCGUCCAACGUCCGAGCCGCUGGGUUCCGGUCGGUGGCAGAGCUGUAUCUGCUGCAUGUCCUUGUGCCUCUCGGAUACCUGGAGGAGGCGCGGGAGCUCGUCGCCAGUGAAGUUGGUAGCGUUGCGUUCACAGAGGAGCAGAGACAAACUGCUUUGGAUGUCGUGGAAGAAAAAGCAAGACAGAAUCAAGAAGACCCUACAAAUCCCGAAGUCACUUCAGAUUCUGAGAUUGCUGCACAUCCGGCUUCAACUCAAGGUUCUUUACUCCAAAAACUUGACACAAUGCUCAGGUGUUUAUACAGAAAAUGCCCAAGAACCGGUUCCGGCUCAUUCCCUCUACGGAAAGUCUUUCUAGCAGCUGUUCUCCUCUACAUGCUUCUCUUCCGAAUGGAUCCAGCUUUCCCGUCGUCCUACAUGUGGAUUUCCAAGCUUCUUAAGUUGAUCAAACGGAUGUGGAGAGCCAUGUUUGCACCACAUUAUCAACCUCUCACCUAGAAGAAGAAGAAAUUGGACAUAAAAAAUAUGCUGUUAGAUUUACAAUAUAUUUAAUGAAAUGUUUAAUUUUGUAAGAAUGAUUUACUUGAUUGAUUAAAUGUGAAAAAGCUGAUUGAGAACAACAAUUUAGUCCAAUGUGAUAUAAUUUUUUGUGUAUAUAUGAAAAUGGUUCACCAGCCCAGGCGAUUAAUGCGGAUACACUUAACAUAUAUGUAUAGAAAAUUAGGUUGAAAUUUUCACUUUGGAUGAGGUUUUAAAAGAAGAUGCAGACAAGUCUAACUCUUGCCAAAUUUGAAAGCACAAACCGUUCCUCUUUUUUGUUAACCACAUUAGUUUUUCUUUCUAUUUAUUUGCAUGUAAAUAAGACCACAGACAUCUAGUGACCUUCAGUCAAAAGCAGAGUUGGGUGCACCCGUCUGUUAAACUUGGCUAAAUAAAGCGGGUGUCUUUGAA